GUGCCACCCAGGGAUCCCAAGCCUCAUCUUAUCUUAUAGGAAUGGGGUGGGGCAGGGUGCUGGGACUGGACCAUGCUACUCCGAUAUAGGCCCCAUCAUGUAAAGGUACAAACCUACCCAAUUUUAUUCCUGGAGUUCUAGAGUGGUAAUUCUGGAUCCCCUCAGAUCGCAAGUGCACAGACUGACCUAGGCCAAGGCAGUCCAUCCCUUUCUUCUCCAGUGUCACACUGCUUAAAUGGGCCUGGAGCCCCUGUAACCAGAUCCUCUGUCACUGUUGUGCACUCAAGUCCUCAAAGAAUGACAGAUGUGAUGAUUUGAGCACCUACUAAGUGCAGGACUCUCCCAAAUGUUGGAGAUGCAGGGAAAGAGAGCUGCCUUCAAGAGUUUCUAGACAGACCAGUAGAUACUACCCACUACAGGGGAACUACAGUUUCUGGAAGAUGAUGGGUUUGCCUGUGGACUGCAACACUUUAUAAAGUGCUCCCCUUGAUGGAAGGGAGCCCUGCCUGUAGAAACAUCUCGAGAUCCAGCAGUGAAUCCAUGGUGAAGAAAUAAAAGAUAGGAGGCCAGAGAGUGAGAGACCAGCCUUGCUGGUACCUAAUGGGCUCAUCCCAAAUGUCCCUCCCAGAAACUUCCAAAGGAACCAGCCCAGAAGUUGGGCCUCUGCUGCCCCCUAAUGGAGGAAAGCAGCCUCCGGAGCAGCCUGCUGGGGCCCAACCAACCUGAUCCCCUAAAGAAGAGGGGAUGUGGUGGACCUUCCUGCCUUCAGACUUUUUACUCCCCUACAGUCUUGAGAUUGAUUUCCUACAGCCUCUGAAGCUGAUCCCUCCCUCCUCCCAAGCACUCCUGGCAGCUCCAUUUUCCUAUACCCACUCUCUGUCCUGUUUCCCCAGUUUCCUUUGUUGCCCAGGGUUCUGAUUCUGGCACCCUGGUUCCUGGCCCUGCUAGAGUUCUGGUUCCAGAAGGCCCUCACCAGGUGCCUUGGGCCUAGCUCCCACCCGGGUGCGAGGCCGCACUGAAGACAUGGGCAUGAGCAUCCCCCGGUGCCUGGGGCAUCUGGACAUCCGCAAGGGUGUCGUGGGCUUGGCCACAGGUGCUGGGUUCGUCUAUCUGCUCUACAAGGCCAUCAGGGCGGGCAUAAAAUGCCAGCCGCCGCUCUGCACUGCCUCACCCAUCUGCAUCGCCCGUGAGUGUACGGGCCCUGGGGAGAGGGCUCUGCCCCAGGAGGCACCGGCUCUCGAGGCUUCCAGUGUGGGAGGGCCCAAAGGCCUGGCAGUCGAACGAGAGCGGCACGGGCGAGACUCAGGUGAGCUCCGGAGGCUCCUCAACUCUUUGGAGUGCAAACAGGAUGAGUACGCCAAGAGCAUGAUCCUGCACAGUAUCACGCGCUGUGUGUACUUGCUGGAGGCUGAGGCCUCUGCUUGUACUAAUGAUGAUAUCAGGUUGGUGGGCUCCAUGCUGGAUGACAACGACAACAGUGUCAAAAUCCAAGCUCUGAACACACUUAAAGCUUUCUCUGGCAUCAGAAAAUUCAGGCUUAAAAUCCAGGAACACUCCAUCAAGGUACUGGAACUGAUCUCCACCAUCUGGGAUUCGGAGCUGCACAUUGCAGGCCUCAGACUUCUCAACAGCCUCUCACUGCCCGACUAUGUACAUCCACAGCUGCGACGGGUGAUGCCUGCCUUGAUGGAGAUCCUGCAGUCAGACUAUAUCCUGGCACAGGUGCAAGCUAUACGAUUGCUGAGCUACUUGGCACAGAAAAACGACCUUCUCUAUGAUAUUCUCAACUGCCAGGUGCAUUCCAACUUCCUGAACCUGUUUCAGACCACACAGCCAGGGAGUCUGCUGUUCGAGGUACUGGUGUUUGCUGAGCGGCUAAGUGAGGGCCGGAAUUCACCCCACUACCGUGCUGUGAAGUGGCAUUACAAUGAACAAUCUCUGCAUGAAGCUCUUUUUGGGGAUGAGUCACGACUGGCAGACCGGCUGCUUGCCCUGGUCAUCCACCCUGAGGAGGAGGUUCAGAUCCAGGCCUGCAAGGUCAUAGUCAGCCUGCAGUGCUCCCAGGAUGUGGGAGUCCGGCCCUCCUCCUGCCGGCCCAGUCAUUCCUACUUCAAUAGCGGGGAAUAAAGUUAAGGAGAGCCAAUAAAUGACUAUGGGAGAAAAGCUUGAA